AUGACAAUGGAGCGCCAGAUCACAUACCAGCCACCUUCCCGGAGGCAGACCAAUGGCUCCUUGGAUGCUGAGGACUACUUUGUUGGUCCUCGCGACAUGUCCAAGCACUCGAAAUGGCCCUUCUUCAUGCGCAUGCACGGCUCCGUCUUUCCCAAGAUGAUUCUCCCCUUGACUGUUGUCACUCUCUGGUCCACCCUAAUCACCUGCGUAUCCGAGUUCCUCUACCCAUUGGCUGUCAGCACGCUGUUGCUUACCGUCCUCGGUUUCGUCGUCCGGUCUCGCUAUAUCUUUCCGUACCAGCACGGCGUAUGA